UAUUCAAGCACAUUUCAAGAUCGCUUCGCUGGGAUCCAGAGAUGGCGUCUAAACUGAUCCUAGGAUGCCUAGCGCUCAUGGUAGCAUCAACUUAUGCUAGAUCAACAUACAAAAGAAACGCUAACCCUUGUCCCCCGGGAUGUCCCGGUAGCUGUGCGCCCGCUUGUGCGGUAUCCUGUUGUAUGCCUCCACCACCCGCACCACCACCGCCCCCACCUCCACCUCCACCACCACCAGAGCCAGCUAAGCCAGGACCCCCCGGACCUUCAGGAAGAAUGGGACCUCCCGGACCAGUGGGACCUAUCGGACCCAUGGGAGAGGCCGGACCUCCAGGACCACCCGGACCCCAGGGACCCCCAGGACCACCCGGAGAGCCAGCUCCUCCACCACCACCACCUCCUCCGUGUCCUCCAGUGUGCGCCCAUACCUGUGUCUCAUCCUGCCCGACCUCGUGCUGCUCUGGCAGAAAGUAAACGACCACGUGGUGAUGCGACGUCAUUGGCACGAAAAUUAGUUCUAACUUCUAAGUUUAGCGUUCGUAAAGUACUUUUUCAGUGGAUUUUUUUUUUGUUGUAUUUGCUUUGUACAAAUGAAAUAGAAGGCAGAGAGAAGACGAAUUGCUGAAAGUUCAUUCGUAGGUGUGUGUAAGCACGAGGAACAUUCAAAUAAAAAAAUAUUUACUUUG